ACCCUGUUCCCUUUGCCUUCCUGUCCGGCGCGCCGCGGUCCACGUGCGGGAGCGCCUCGCCCUGCUGGGUGCGCCCCACUCCGGCCUCCCCCCCCGAGCCUCCCGGCCGUGACCUCUGCUCUUGCCGCAGGGACUUGAGGGCAGGGACAUGGGGGCGGGCAGCUCCGGGCGGCACGGACACGAGCUCCCCAGAAGAGGCCCCGGUGCUCUGGUCUCCGCUGAACUUGCGUCCGGCGUUUCCAGGCCCACCUGCUCCUCGGGCAACAGCUGUGGAAAUGGAGCAGGAAAAAGUCAAUGGGAGUAAGGAGCUGAGCGCAGACGCCGCCUCCUACCGCUGCUCCGCCUGCCAUGGGGACGAGGACUGGGCGCUCGGCCACCCCAUCCGGGGGCGGGCCAAGUCCCGCAGCCUGUCAGCCUCCCCCGCCCUGGCGAGCACCAGGGAGUUCAGGAGGACCCGCUCUCUGCACGGGCCCUGCCCGGUGACCACUUUUGGACCAAAGGCCUGCGUGCUGCAGAACCCGCAGAGCAUCAUGCACAUCCAGGACCCUGCCAGCCAGCGGUUGACGUGGAACAAGUCCCCCAAGAGUGUCCUCGUCAUCAAGAAGGUCCGGGAUGCCAGCCUGCUCCAGCCCUUCAGGGAGCUCUGCACGUACCUGAUGGAGCAGAACAACAUGAUCGUGUACGUGGAGAAGAAAGUCCUGGAGGACCCCGCCCUCGUGAGCGACGACCACUUCGGGCCGAUGAAGAGGAGGUUCUGCACCUUCCGAGAAGAUUACGACGACAUCUCGAACCAGAUCGACCUCAUCAUCUGCCUGGGCGGCGACGGGACGCUGCUCUACGCCUCCUCGCUCUUCCAGGGCAGCGUGCCUCCAGUCAUGGCGUUCCACUUGGGCUCCCUGGGCUUCCUGACUCCCUUCAACUUUGAGAACUUUCAGUCCCAAGUUACUCAGGUGAUACAGGGCAACGCGGCUAUUGUUCUGCGGAGCCGCCUGAAGGUCAGGGUCGUGAAGGAACUCUGCGGGAAGAAGCUGGCCGUCCCCAACGGGGUCAGCGAGCACGGAAUGCUGGCCACAGCCCUGGACGCGGAGCUCGGGAAGCAGGUCAUGCAGUACCAGGUGCUGAACGAGGUGGUGAUCGACAGAGGCCCCUCCUCGUACCUGUCCAACGUGGAUGUCUACCUGGACGGGCACCUCAUCACCACGGUGCAGGGCGAUGGUAGGUGGGCGCCCGGCCUGCCUGGGGCUCCACGCGGGCGGGGGCCGUGCGCACCAGUGCCACCCUGCGCCUCUUCUCCAGGCGUCAUCGUCUCCACCCCGACGGGCAGCACGGCGUAUGCGGCCGCCGCCGGGGCCUCCAUGAUUCACCCCAACGUGCCAGCCAUCAUGGUCACACCCAUCUGCCCCCACUCGCUGUCCUUCCGGCCUAUUGUGGUCCCUGCAGGGGUCGAGCUGAAGAUCAUGCUGUCACCAGAAGCAAGGAAUACCGCGUGGGUGUCCUUCGAUGGACGAAAGAGACAGGAGAUCCGCCACGGAGACAGCAUCAGCAUCACCACCUCCUGCUACCCGCUCCCCUCCGUCUGCGUCCGAGACCCCGUGAGCGACUGGUUUGAGAGCCUGGCACAGUGUCUGCACUGGAACCUGCGGAAGAGGCAGGCCCACUUCCCGGAGGACGAGGGGGGCGACGAGGCGGGGGACGGGGACGAGGAGGGCGGCUCGGGGAGCUAGGCCUGUUGGCCCAAACGCACACUGUGAGUCUCACAGGCCCAGCGCAGGUGGCAGGCGCCGCGUCAGUCUGUGGCCAGAGGGAGGGCCUGAAAUUGGCUUUUUUGUCGACCAGAUCAGCUCUUUUUAACGUUUCAAAUCUGAGUUUUUUCUGCAUUUCUAAACAAGCGAGCGUGAUGGCUGGGAGCUUGGAGGCCAACUCGGGCACAGCCACCCAGCAUCUCCGGAGCCCAGGCCCGGCAGGGUCCCCAGCUUAAUGAGCUCUUUAAUUCCCCAUCUGGAAACCUCCGUGAAUCAGUUGAUUGACGCUGGGAGGGGGGAGCAGCGUGGACAGAGCUAUCCUUUGCUAUUGAAAAAUAAACAUCUCACCGCAAAAAUCUUCCUUCAGCCACCACCACCUUCCCCUGAUGCCACUUGGGACACUUCUGCCAAGAGCAGGCGGCAUUUGGUUGGCAGGCAGACGGGUCCCCUCCCGCUCCGGCUCAGGGUCGGCCUGAGUUGCCUGGUUGCUCCUGCCUUGGUUCCAAAGCCCUGGUCCCCUCACCCCCCGCCCCCUGCCGUCGGAGCACCAGCCCGGCCACGGCGGGGUCGGGGGGUCGAUUCUACACAUUCCUCGUGGAGCAGGUGUUUCAAUCCCGAGUCUCCUUUGUAGAGAUUGUCGCACUUCCUCAAAGUGCUGCCUGCAGACCGCGGCGCACACUGUGAGCUUUCGGGGCGGGGCCGGGUCGCGUCCCACUCAGAGCCUCAUUCCAGUGUUCGCCCCAUGUCCUGUGCUCCGGGACCACUCUGCAGCCCCCGCGGCUGACGGACCCGUGCACCGGGGGGCCCCACGGUUGUGACGGGGUGGGGGUGUCGCAUGUCAACACGGCUCUGCUCCCUGUGGGCUCGGGAGGGACCCUCACAUUCAGCCCUCGUGCGCCAUCACCAGCUGCCGGAUGCCAGAGCUGUGUGGCACCUGGUGGGAGCCUGGCCCCGAUCCGCUGGGCAUCUUGAACGUGGCGUCUGUGUCUGAGAACUGCUUUCUCUCAAUCGCGUUUCUUGCGGAAGCAGAACGGACGGGUGCCUGUCCUUUCUUGGACCUGCUUCUGGAAUGACGGGCCGGGGGGCUGUGCUUUGCCCACCUGGGGGUUCGCAGGCUGAGAAAAAGGCACCUGGGGCACACGUGUGGCCACUGUGGCCGGAGGUCUCCGGAGCUGGCUCUGCAGCCUGGGCGCCGUGGCCGCUGUCUGCCUCCAUUGCACCUGCCUGGGCGCCCGGCCACGCUGGGAGGGGAUCGCUUCGCGCCACCUGCCUGCAAGCCCCCGGCACAGCCAGUGGCCUGAGGGAGCCCCACUGGCAGCGUUAGGCUCGGCACUCAGGUCACUCAUUCAGACAGCCCGUGUUGACCAAGUCCUAAAGCAUGACGCACAGUGACCUGCGGAACUUUGGGUUUUUUGAAGUAAAUUCUUAAUGUUUCAUAUUGUUAAUAACUGGGAAAUUUGUUAAAUGUUGAAAGCCUUAUUACUAUUUUCGGAUCCUUUCAAUAAACAGACUUGUUUUAAAA